AGUCGUCUCCUUGCUGCAGCCAGCUCAGCACUUCUUGUGCUCUACCACAUACACGUAACAAGAUAAAUCACCUUAACUUCCAGUCCUCCUAGACUUGGGUCAACACCGAUUUGCUUGGAAAAGGCAGAAGAUGCGCUUUCUUUGUCUUCACGGCGCGGGGACAAGCGCUGAAAUCUUCGAGAUUCAGUCAGGCGGAAUCACCCAAGAGCUGGAAACUAAGGGCCACAAGUUCGUAUUCGUCGAUGGACGACUGGCCUCCCUGCCCGAAGCUGAAAUCGAAGGCGUUCUGGACGGCCCGUUCUACUGCCACUACCCCCGUGAUGUUUACCCCGGCGAAGACCUUGCCCGGGCAUUCGAGUACACACUCAACAUCAUCGAGAAGCAAGGCCCCUUUGAUGGCGUGAUGGGCUUCUCGCAGGGCGCCGCGCUUGCAUGUGCUCUUAUAGCCGACCAUGCCAAAACCAAUUCGAAGCCUCUCUUCAAGGUCGCCGUGUUCAUCUGCGGUGCGACACCGUACGAAAGCUCUGGGCUUAAAGAGCUUCUUGCUGAGGACGAAAAAUACGCCGUCACAAUCCCAACGACGCACAUUGUGGGUAAGCAAGAUCCGUAUUACAAGGGAAGUAUGCAUCUGUACGGUAUAUGCGACCCAUCUAAGGCCGUCUUUUACGACCAUGGUUCAAAGCAUCAUAUCCCGUUUGACCAGACGAACACUACCGCCAUGGUGUCCGCCAUUGAGAAAUCCAUCGAGCGGGCUUUGAAUAACGAGUAGGUAAUUUGGCGCGGCUCGUGGUAGUUUGGAAAUACGACCGAUAGAUCAUGAUUGUGAUAGAGUCACGAAAGGAGCCAAGUUCUGUGACCUCCUAGUCCUGUGUAGCAAGUUAUAGAACUAUGCAAUUGCAUUCGAAGGUGUCACUCGAUCA